GUGUGUCUUCUCCGCCCUGGGUUCACUGUGGAGAGUUCUGCUCUUACUCCGCCUUCCUCGAUCUUCACUCAGCAUCCUGAAGACAGGGUUUGUCUUUCCUUCUCACUUACCUUGAUGUCUUGGACCCAGCACAAGAUUUGGUGCCACAGUGUGACCAAGAGCAGAGCCAAACAGACCCUGAAUUAAGCUGCUGGCUUGCCACAGGCACUGUUAAAGGAGGCUGGUCUCUUAGGAGAUGGCUCCGGGGGCUGAAUGGGGAGUGCACCGGCCAGGGUCACACGGAGGAGGUUGCAGAGAACAGGAAGGACAGAGACAAAGAGGCCAAGCGAAGCCAACCUGGGGACUUUCACGGGCCAAGAAGAGACUCCUGUGGCGGUUCUUCCUGUCUGCAUUUGGUUUCUUAGGCCUGUACCACUACAGGCUCAGGAUUCUCAGGCGCAUAGAAGCCUCCAUUCCCAUGGAUGUCUGCCCUACAGCCACGAUGCCUCUGCCGCAGGACAAUUUCACAGGAGUACUGCGCCACCGGGCCCGGCCUGAAGUCCCGACCUGUACCUCUUGGGGAGCCCCAAUUAUUUGGGACGGCACCUUCGACCCACACGUGCCUGAACAAAAGGCGAGACGGCAGAACCUCACCAUCGGACUGACUGUCUUUGCUGUAGGCAGGUACCUGGAGAAGUACCUGGAACACUUCCUGGCAUCGGCAGAGCAGCACUUCAUGGUCGGCCAGAACGUGGUGUACUAUGUGUUUACAGAUCGCCCGGAAGCAGUACCCUACGUGGCCCUAGGCCGGGGUCGCCUGCUGCGGGUGAAACCCGUGCAGCGAGAGAGGCGCUGGCAGGACGUGUCCAUGGCACGCAUGCCCACGCUACACGAGGCGCUGGGAGGACAGCUGGGCCAAGAAGCUGACUAUGUGUUCUGCCUGGACGUGGACCAGUACUUCACCGGUAACUUCGGGCCCGAGGUGCUGGGAGAUUCGGUGGCGCAGCUGCACGCCUGGCACUACCGCUGGCCGCGGUGGCUGCUGCCCUACGAGAGGAACAAGCGAUCGGCUGCUGCGCUGUCCUUAGGCGAAGGCGAUUUCUACUACCACGCUGCGGUGUUUGGGGGCAGCGUGGCCGCGCUGCUCAAGCUGACGGCCCACUGUGCGGCUGGCCAACAGCUGGACCGUGAGCGCGGCGUUGAGGCACGCUGGCACGACGAGAGCCACCUCAACAAGUUCUUCUGGCUGAGCAAGCCCUCCAAGCUGCUGUCGCCUGAGUUCUGCUGGACAGAGGAAAUUGACUGGAGGACAGAGAUCCACCACCCUCGCCUGCUCUGGGCACCCAAGGAGUACAGACUGGUGCGAAACUAGCAGACCCACCCUGGCCAGGCAGGCCUUGGAGCAUCUUUGGCACUGAGGGUGUUGAGUGGGAUUGUAAAAUGUUUCAAAAUCUCAAAAACGUCAAUUAGAACGUUUGGUAGUUAUGGUGCCUCUGGAAGGGAGACUUUGGAACGCAGAGGUAUUGAAAAGGGACACCUGUGCCUAGGGCCUGUAGACCCUUUGUCUCCUUCAACCGAAUACAAAUUAUGGGAAGGCAAGAGUUUUGGCAGGUUUGUAUCACAACUGUUUGUCAGCAGGGGAGUGCAGGGAGUAUCACCAACUAGGGUUAAAACUUUUGCGGAGGCCUUGGGGUCAGGGCCUUCCUCAGCCUUUUGAAGCAGCUGGUGUCUAGCUUCUGACUGGACCCAGGUAUCAGGGUUCCCAGACCAGUGUUGCAGCUACGGAGCCUUUCAGUAUCUGAGGCUUGAGAGCUGUCUGGAGCCAUUCCUGAGACCGGGAUCUGCAGUUUCUCGUUUCUUGGUCCUCGCUGACUAACAUCUUUUUUGCUUCAGCCUCAGUUCUCCAUCCUCUGCCUCUGCUGGCUCUCUUGUCCAUAAUCGUGUGAGGCCCCUGUCUGCAUUGGUUCAACCGCUUCUUCCUCCACCAUCAAGCAGGCUUCCAUUUCUGCAGCUUGGCUGGUCCCCUGACCCAGUGAGCACCUCCCCCUCAGCUCCCAAGCAGCCGGCUGACUUGCUGCUGUUGUGGUGUGGUCGGCAGACCUCUCUGUUGUCACUGCCUCAGCCACCACCACUGCUGCGCUGUCUUUUCCUCCGUGUUACUGGACAGCCUUCACCCUUGGCAAGGCCAUUCAAGGGAAGCCUCUCGUGGGACCUAACAGCUGGGUGUCAGGAAGCACCAGGGGAGAAUGUCAGUCCUCCUCCCCACCCCCACCCCUGCAUACUUACUCACUAAGGGAAGCUGUGUAGCCCUGGCUGUCCUGAACUCACUCUGUAGAUCAGGCUGGCCUUGAACUCAGAAAUCCGCCUGCCUCUGCCUCCCAAGAACAUCUAGUUUUAUUGCCAUAAGUGAGAUGUUUGAACCAACCCCGCGUCAUCUCUCUGGAAUACUCACAGGUGGCCCUUUUGCUAGACCCCCCUCUCUGUGUGGGAAUCGCUAUGGAGUCUUCUAGAGUUCACAAAGGCUUUGGCAGCAGAAGGUCUCUUUCAAAUAGCCAUGGUUUUAUGACUGUGCCUUCAGGAGCUCUGACUGUUGUGUGGGACUCUCAAGGUAUCUGUGGGCUGUGCACGACAAGGCAGCUGGCAUGGGGUAGUCUAACAACUGCUAACGUGGGAGUCAAGUUAACUGCCACCAGACCUUGAGCACCAGGGGGAUGUAAACAGUAGGGGUUUGAAGAACUUAUCGUUAACACAUGUAAUAAUUAUAAGAGACGUUCGACAUUGCCAUGGUCCCAGGAAGGGAUGAGACUCUUCCCCCAGCCCUUCUCACCUCUGACCUUACUGAGUGUUUCUUUUGACAGGAUAUUUUUAACAUGAGGAGACUGGGGAACAAAAAGGGACCAAAUUGCCCAGACAUGGAACCUGGUCAAGCUCUUGUGACAUCAGCAGCAAGAGAGUGAGGAUUGGCUCUUCCUUCGAGCUCUGACCUAUCUCCCCUGGCCGUAGCACAGCUCGCGCAUGUUUAAGGAAUGCUAUAACAAACAAGAAAUUUCAAAAUGAUUCUUAAUGGCAUUUUCUUCUAGAGAGUGAAUAUUAAAAAAAAAAAAGAAUGGAAAAGAAGAAAAGAGAGGGGAGGAAGAGGAAGAAGAGGAGGUGGUGACUGAGUUUCCUCAUCUAUGCCUUCAGUACCAUUCUCCUCUGGAAGAAAGACACAGACAUGGUGCUGGGGAUAGCACCAGUCAAAUAAGCAUCCGGGUCUUAGUUAGUGCUGUGAACGGAUGCCGUGACCACGGCAACUCUUAUAACAGACGACAUUUCAUUGGAGCUGGCUUACAAGGUUCAGAGCUUGAGUCCAUUACCACCAUGGUGGGAAGCACGGCAGUGUCCAGGUAGGCAUGGAGCUGGAGGAGCUGAGAGUUCUACAUCUUGUUCCAAAGACAAACAGGAGAAGGAAGACUGGCUCUCGGGCAGCUAGGAAGAGGGUCUCCAAGUCCAACCCCACAGUGACACACUUGCUCCAACAAGGACACACUUCCUAAUAGUAUUACUCCCUGUGGGCCAAGCACUCAAACGUAGGAGUCUAUGGGUCCAAACCUAUUCAGACAACUGCAUUCUGCAAUGCCAGCACGGGUGCCUGUGUUCAUAUCUUAGGGACCAUGUGAAAGCAGGCGUGCUGGCGCAUACUUGUCAUGGGGAGGCUGAGACAGGAUGGCACUGCUUGAACCAGAGCUUCAGGUUCAGUGAGGGAGCCUGAGGGAGCCUGUCUCAAAAACGGAGAUGGAGACAACAGAGGAACAUACGUGCCAUCGACCUCUGGUCUCUGCAUGCACACACACGCAUAUACAUACAUGUAUAUGCACAUGCACAUACAAACACACACAUGCACACAUGCAUAUGCACACACAAUACACAUACAUGCACACGCACGUACACACAUGCACACACACAUGAGACACUCUUGCAAGGCAUGUAUGUUACAGAGUGGACCGCUUGCCCGCACUCCUGACACUGUACUUUAACCUCCAUUGCUUCCCAGUAGGGCCGACUCUCUAUUUGUCUGGCCAGCCCCUGGUGGUGGUUUACAAUCUUAUACUGUUUACAAACAAGUUCCGGUAUUGCUUCUGCUAUUGAGCAAACUAUCCUUUUUGCUUCCCAGUGUCUUCUGCCUGAACCAGAUGAACAAAAGUCAAGCCCUUUGAAUUCUAAAAGAGGGGCUGGAUGGGCCAAUGUGCUUAAAAGGCAGGUGGGCGCUGGCUGUGAGCUGGCAUGGUCCUUCCUCAUGUGGGGCAACGCUUGUCCUCUCCACCAAACCCUAUAACAUUCACUAAUCCUAACUAGCUCUGCCCUGUUGGGGCACUGACUGUGAGUCAGGAACAUCUUUUUUUUUUUUUUACGAUUUAUUCUAUGUAAGUACACUGUAGCUGUCUUCAGACACCCUACAAGAGGACGUCAGAUCUCUUUAAGGAUGGUUGUUAGCCACGUGUGGUUGCUGGGAUUUGAACUCAGGACCAUCAGAAAAGCAGUCAGUGCUCUUAACCACUGAGCCAUCUCUCCAACCUGAGUCAGGAACAUCUUAUUGUGAACCUUCCCUUCUAUAAAGUGCCUGUGUGUUAUAACAA